UUCAGCAAUUCGUUCAUUUCGCUGUAUCACACAACUCACUCAAUCUCACUCAAUCUCACACACUCGCUCUCUUUUUCCCUUCUCCCUUCUGUCUUUGUUUCUCUGGCCAUGUCCGCUGGCAGCACUGGGCCUGACCUCCCCACCGCCGCCGCCGCUGCCGUUGCGACUCCCGCUGCCGCUGCUGCCGUUACGACUCCGCACCAUUCGACUUCCGUGCUGGGUCGCCUGCUUUCAUUCAAAGGCAAGCGCAGUCACAGCCGCAAGAGCGCAGGCCGAACAGCAGCCGCGGGCGGACGGACUCGGUGCGACUAUGCAGUGAGUGCUGCUGACGCGGAGGCCGAGCUUGGUCCCUGCCCGACCACCACCGCUCCGAGUGCAACGACCGUUAUUACUCCCCAUCAUGCUGCUCCUCAUGUGACAUCCAAGCCAUCACAUCACGAAGCGACAGGCGGAAAAGCUCAAGCAAGUAGUAGCGAAAAGCACUCGAGAAACGGGAGCAUACAGCAAGAGACGGAAACAUCUGCAAACGCGUCAGAACGGGAUGCAGAAUCGUUCGACGAGCGAUCGGCUUCGACCAUCAACACGAGCAGAAACAGACACACGCACACUGCGUCCACCGUGUCACAGUCGAGCGAGGGCAGCUUUGGCGGAAACAGCGUCCAACUCGCAGUCACCGACUCGGACGGCGUCUCCCCGUUGUCACCGCCUUCCGUCUCGGCCUCGUCGUCCGACGCCAAACCAGCACUCACCCUCGUCAUUUCUCCAGCCACACCAUUUUUGACGCACCAUCGAGGCAGUUCCGACGGAAGCUCGCCCACACGGCACCACGAGACGCACGCAUCAGGUGUUCUGACCGCCCCACCCACCCCCUUCGACGGCGGCCAGGAUGCCGCAUCAACCAACUUUGCGACUUCUUCCAGCACACCGGCCCUCCAUGCUGCAAACAGCAAGGAGAUCAUCACCCCUUUUGUCGCAUCGUCCGGGCAUUCGCGCACCGACUCGGCAGGCAGCACCGAGGAAGCGCGCGGCCGCACUGGCUUGUUUUCUCGCUGGAAGAAGCGCGCGUCGACCUCGUCAUCGAAGAGCGAGCAAAGUUCUGGCACGAACGGAAGCUCCAGUGCUCCCGCCGCCCCCAAUUCGUCGCCAGCUGGCAGCGCCUCCCUCGGAUCCAGCACAACCUCAAGCGGGAUUAAAACGCCCUGGGCGGGUCUCAAGAGCUCAUCCACCGCCUCGACCAGCGCUUCAAAUGGACCGUUGUGGUCGUCAGGGAUGGCUGGAUCUGCCUCGCUUCCAACGCCUCCAGGCAGCGCACCGCUCGGCGCAACGGGUCUCGUGAACAUUGGCAACACGUGCUUUAUGAAUUCCGUCCUGCAGUGUAUCAGCAACACGAACGUCUUGUGCGAGUACUUUAUUGGCUCGCGGUUCAAGGACGAAAUCAACACGAAAAACAACCUGGGCACGAAAGGCGAGGUUGUUUCGCAACUUGCCCAUCUGGUCAAAGAUCUGUGGUCUGGUCGGUUCAAGUGCAUUCGUCCCGACGAUUUCAAGAGUGGCUUGGUGAAGUUUGCGCCACAAUUCCAGGGAAGCCUGCAGCAUGACGCGCAAGAAUUUCUCGCCUACCUGAUGGACGCCAUCCAUGAGGACCUCAACCGCAUUUUGAAAAAGCCGUGUGUGGAGGUGCGCGAGGGAAACGGCACGGGCAACAUUCUGCUCGAGCUGCAGCUCGCCGUGGACUCGUGGAAGGACCACCAGCUGCGAAACAACAGCUUUGUGGUGGACAACUUCCAGGGCCAGCUGAAAUCGACUCUUGUCUGCCCGGGCUGCGGACGUCGCUCGGUCAAGUUUGAUCCCUUCAUGUACCUCUCGCUGCCUUUGCCCAAGCAAGUUGUCCUGCGCAAGUUUAUCAUUACUAUGGUGUGGCUGGAUCCAACUCGCCAGGCGACGCGCUUUCUGGUCAAUGCCGACCCCAGUGGAACGGUGCACGAUGUCAGGCUCGAGCUGGCGCGCCUGGCCGGUCUGUCCGUCGACGCUGCCGAUGAGCUGUGCUUGUCUGUGCAAGACUACAACCGCCUUCAACCGCUUCCGCGGACUCAGCCCCUCGAUGCCGUGGCCGAGAAUUUUGUGCUCGUUGCUUUUGAAGGCUGCGAGGCGUUUUCAGACACUCGGCAAACACGAAUCAUCGUGGCCCAGCAAGACCAGCGCGUCGAUACCAACUCGUUUGGCGCAAAGCGAUUCGACCCGCCAUUCAUGUUCAUGGUUCCGUCGAACAUUUCUUAUGCGGAUUUGUACCAGGAGGUUUUAAACCAAAACCGCUCUCGUUACUUUAAGCCGACGGCUGUCGUGCCACAAUCACCGUACGCUGUCGCCGAGGCAUCAAAAGCGGCCACCUCUGCAGUUGAACCUGAAACUGCUGUUGUACCUGAAGCUGCUGCUGUUGUUCUCGUCCAAGAGCCAACGGCGGAGGGCGGCAUGACGUUCGCUGCCGAGUCGCUCGACACCAGUUCUGAUGAUACUGGUGCCUCUUCUUCUUUGACGACUGUCGCAUCAGAGUCCUCGCCAGCAACCGGUGAGGCGCAGAAGGCGCAGAAGGUUGAUGGCUUGAUCGCGUCUCCUGAUUCAAGUUCUCCUGCCACUUCCGCCACUGCCGCCUCGACCGCCGACGCCCAACCAGCUCAGCCAACCACUCCCAAUCCCGAGGACGCGCUGUUCAUGAUGAAAACGCUGAAAAAUUCGACCGAACUCAUCGCUGCGGUCGAUUGCAAAGACCUUGCGUUGCCGCCAACGCUCACUCUGCUCUGUGAAUGGAUCCCCAAAGAGCGCAAGGCUCUUUUCGACGACUCUCGCAUCACUGGGUUUACAGAGCACGAGACGCUGCGACAGCACCACCAGCGCCCGUACUCGUACGACUCGGACGAAACGUUCUCGCUGCACCAGUGCUUUGGAUCAUUCCUGCAAGAGGAAAAGCUUGGGGCGGAUGACGCCUGGUACUGCUCCAAGUGCAAACAGCACCAAGAGGGCGCCGUCAAGAAGCUCGAGCUGUGGAAGCUGCCCGACGUGCUGAUUGUCCAUCUCAAGCGCUUCCAGUUCACCACUCGGCUGCGCAAAAAGCUCACCGACACGGUCACCUUCCCUCUCACAGACAUUGACAUGUCGCACUACUGCCCGAACGCGUCACGCAUCGAAGAGGCACUGCAGCAUCCGUCCGACGACGUGUCGCCCGCCCAGCUGCAGCGCGCCACGGCGAAUCUUGAAACUCUACUGGGUCCUCACAAGGGCUCGCUGUAUGACGUCUACGCUGUAUGCAACCACUUUGGUUCGCUGGGCGGCGGCCACUACACUGCCUUCUGCAAAAACCCGCUUUCUGGCAUCUGGUACUCGUACGACGAUUCCCGUGUCGAAAAGGUGGAUCCGAGCACGGUUGUGUCCAAGUCUGCGUACAUCAUGUUCCUUGUGCGCAAAGAUGCCGCGCGUCUCACCCAGCAGCAGGUGGAGCAGGCAGUUUUGGCCCAAACCUCGUUGUUGAACGCGACUCAGCCACAACAGCAGGCAGCGGCACAACAAGCGCAGCCCGCAGCACCAGACUCGUCGUACAUUGGCUCGCUCCCUGGCUUUUCGACCGUCACCUCGCACGAUAUCGAAAUUGUAGGCCGUCGCACCACACCCUCAGCCUCUCAUCAUCGCCGCACCGAGAGCAAUGGAACGACGUACGAGGAGAUUUCCGAUGCUCCCAUCCCACCUCCGGCGUAUGACAUCGCCGACUCGCCCAUUUUUGAUUGCCCGGCCACCCUGCAGGCCUUUCUGAACUCUCCAGAGACACCCUUGUAAAUUCUGUCAGCAUUCCGUCUUUUGGCUCUCUCGGAGGCAGAUCUUGAUUCUGUUGAUUUUCUCGUCUUGGACUUUUCCAACUGUCUCUUGACCAUUUUCUUAGUUUCCAACCCCGGACGAAUUGUUUGUCCUGGUGUUGCCAUUUUUCACUUAUCUCCUCCUGCUUGCUUCCUCCACUCAGACUUUUUCAGUUCUUUUGAAGCCUGUCGCUCUACAUCGUAGUGCUUUUCUUUUCUUGCUUUCUUCUCUCCUUCAAUGCCUCCUUUUUUUCUUAUAUUGUUAGUAGCCGCUGAUUUUCUUUCUCCAUCCGAUUUCUCUGCUUUGAUUUUUGUUGCGUUGCAUCCAAUUUAAUUGUUGUGAUGACUGUGAUUGAUUCAUGGUCGCAAUCCUGCCUUGUCAAUAGACUUUGCGCACAUCCAACCCCCA